AUGCCAAUAAACAUCAUAACCACCUCUCCAAAAACAACAACUCCUUAUACAACAAUCAGCACAAUCAUUUCUGCAACAACCACUUCUGCAACAACACCAACAAGUAAUCCGAAUACAACAACUACCAUCACAACCGCUGGACUGACAACACCUACAUAUAUCACAACCAUCUCUCCAACAACAGCUACCUCUCGAACAACACCCAUAACUCCACCAAAUAUAGCAACCACCACCACAACCACUAGUCUAACAACACCCAUAAACCUAAUAAAUGCCAGUCUAAAAACUAUAGAAGCAACCAGCACAACCAUAUCUCUAGCAACCACCUCUACAACAACUUCUCUAAAUAUAACUACCACCACAACUACUCCAACAAACAUAACCACCUUUCUAAAAACACUUACAACUCCUUCAACAACAACCAGCAAAAGCACAGUUCCAGAAACAACUAUAACCCCUCCAACAACCACCAACAAAACCACCUCUCCACGAACAAUUCAACCACCAACAGCUCCACCAUCAACAAACUCUACAGCAUUUGCUCAAGCAGUGGUUAGGAUGCUAUCUGUCACUGAACUAAGCAAUGGCAAAAUCAUUAUCUAUAUAGAGGAGUUUUCCAGACUCAUCCAGGCUAAGGUUAAUGGAAACAUUAAGAUUACAGUGAAGAAGAUUCAAAAAGUGACACCUUAAGCAUCACCUUUGGCGAGCAAGUAUUGAUCAAUUCUCAUUUCCAUAAAUGAUUGAUGCCAGUCGAAGUUCUGCCAUCUUUUAAUUGUGGAGGUCACAUGACCAUUAUUUGUCAGCAUUUUUGAAAGGCUAGUUUUUCCCUCAUAUACACUACAACACAAAAAACCUUAAUUUUCAGACAUAUUCCCUUUUGGAGAGCAGUCACAAAAAGAUGCACUUUGGUUGCUAAAAAUGCUGUUUUUUUUGUUGAUGGGAAAGUAAAGCAGAUGAGAAAAGAUUUGUGCUUUCAAAUUAAAAAUUUACUGUGUGGACUUGACCUAAAUUGUAAAAAAAAAAUUGGGUUAAAAUCCUAAACUUAAUAAUACCUUAUAGUACCCCAAGCCACUACAUUUGACCCCUGCAUGAUUUUGGAUGUACAAGUCAAUAUACAAAUAAUGCAGGAAGACGAUAUCUGCAUGAUUUUUCAUUUCAGUGAUUUUAUACCAAAAUCAAAUGAUGUAUAGUAUCAUGAAUGUAUUACCGGGCAUAACACUGCUAUAUGUCACUAUGUCAGUGCAAAUGCACCAGUAUUAUCAACUCAGGAUGUCAACUGAUUCAUUAUAUUAACUUUCGCUGACAUUUCUUCCAAAUAUGUAAGCAUAGUUGUGUUUUGUUAAUAUGCUCCUGUACUAAUAUAAUUUAAAUUCCUGCUGUGUCACACAUAGUAGUCAACUAUGCAAUGUUAUCACAAUAUACAUGCAUAUAUAUAUGGUGUUUUGGUGUCUGUGUUAUCAAUCAGCAAUCCACUUUAGCUAGUAAAUAAAAAUAAUGAAAUAUAUUCUGCAGUGCCAUUAUUCUGUUGGUCAUUACAGUGCCAUUAAAUUAAUAGAAAAGGGUGAAAAACACUCACUCUAGAUCAUAGCAAAAAUGCUCUCUCAUACAUCUUACAAAGACCUUGUAUGUUUGUAACUGAAUAAAAUACGUAUUUAUGUUUUUCUCUAAUAAACCAUGU